AUGCGCGCGGUUCUUCUCCUUGCACUUCUAGCCAACAUCGUCCUGGGUCAGAUCACCCUGACCCCGUCAACCAUCCGCACUGGUCGCACGAGCGUCUUGCCUACUCAAACCGUGACCGAGACUGUCACCACCACGGAGGUCAGCACGACGACCGAAACGACUACCACAACGGAGAGCUACAUCCGCCACGAGACCGUUACGGCUACAGUGACUACGACGAAGACGUCGACAGCCACCAGGACCGCAACUGCGACGCGCACAGUCACUUCCACUCGCACAACCACCUCCGUAAGCUACAGCACUAUCACCAGCGUUAGCCUGUCUACAGUCACAACCUGCCCGUCGUCCACAACCCGCGCAGCCUCCUGCCCGACCCUGACCCGCACCGCGACCGCCUGCGCCACCUGCUUUGUGCCCCAGUGCACUACCACGCAGACCGUGACUAGGCCGUGCGGGUGUGCGGCGCUGCCGACAGCGACAGUGUCGUUCCCUUGCAGCCAGAGCGAUUCGUGCCAGAAGAUUGGGUGCACCACUGUCUAUAACAUUCAGACAGCCGCUUGCUAA